GUGAUGUUUGUAUAAAUACGGCCGACCUGAUUGUAUCGAAUCAUACACAAAUCAACCAUCCUUUAGAGUACAAACAACCAGCUUCCUUCCAAGCCUAGAGCUGUUUUCUUCUCAAAUCAAACCCAGUUAUCAUCGUCCGUCGAAGUGUAGGAGUUUUCCUCAUCCCGUCAACAACACCGACCAAUCAGUGUGAUCCUUUUCCAGUGUUCUACCGAGUGAACCGUAAUCCAAAAGCAAUCAUGAAGGUAUUCGCCGCCGUCGCCGUCAUCUCGCUGGCCGCUCUGGUCGUCGCCGAGCCCCCAUCCCCCUACAGCAACUACCAGCAGGGAGGAUCCAAUGGGAAUAACGGUUACAACUAUAACGCAAACUCAAACGGCUACAACUAUCCAUCUGCCCCAUCAACCCAAUACGGAGCCCCGACUGGUGCCGGAACCGGUGGUGCCGCCGGAUACAACUAUGCCGACGCCAACGCUAACGCCGAACCCGCCAAGUACAGCUUCGAGUACCAUGUUCAGGACUUCCAGUCUGGCAACGAUUUCGGACACAUGGAAUCUCGCGAUGGAGACCGCACCACCGGCCGCUACUUCGUCCUGCUUCCCGAUGGCCGCAAGCAAGUUGUGAACUACGAAGCCGACCAGAACGGAUACCGCCCAACCAUCUCCUACGAAGACACCGGAGCCGGAGCCGGAGGUUACCCAAACAGCCAGCAACAGGGAGGUUUCCAGGGAUACUAAGGUAACACGCGAACCAAUCGUCAUGACAACCCCAACCAACUCAAGUUAUUAGGAACGAAUUUAAACUCUAGUUAAUUAUUUGUUUAGUGAAUUAUUCUCACCCUCUUCCUUCCUUCCUACUACCCCAAUCCUACCAACCGAACGGUCGGUAGUCGGCCAGUACUUCCAAAUACUUCCCAAAGCUAUCGAUCUUCAUCAGCUCCAUCUAUGAGCAAGUACCAAAACUUCAUCACAAAAACAAAAAAAAACAAAUCUAGACCACUGGCAUCGAACACUGGAAAAACGAUUUCAAAAUGCGAUCACAAACGUAUUAGAACACGAUACAAAUUUUUAUUUGCUUUUACAUGAGCUUAGUCCUAAGCGAACUGCUUCUAUAAGGAAUCACCUGCGGAAGCUCGAUUCGAGCUUCCCCGGUGCAAAGAAUCGAAAAACCCGUCAAUCCAAUGAUUGACAACCAAAAAAAAAACAUUGUAAACAAAACCUAGAUUAGGGAAAAGCAAGCAACUAAAAAAAUGUGUGAGGAAAACGAUGAUGAACUGCCAUACAAAACAAGAACACCAGCAAAACAAAAACAUUAAAUGAAAAAGAGCGAGGGUCAUCGUGAUCGCCCACAACAACAACAACAACAUCCACCAAGGCUUCCACGAUGACCCGCGCCGUGCGAAACCAACAUCAGCACCAAGAAGAAAACCUCUGUAAAUAAGUAAGCGUUAUUUGUACAUUUUAUUAUUUUUUGUUUUAAUUUUCUUUCUUUUUGUAAACUGUAACGUUGUCACAAUGCAAACAAGAAGCGAAGAAAAAUAAAAAUAAAACGAAGGCAACACGAUCGGCACUCCCAGCUACCUUGGAAAUACGGAUACCAUGGCAAAAAGUUUGAUUGGAACGGUCUGCUGAGUGAUAAAGGUAUCGCACAUUGGGAAGGCGGGGCUUAAACGGAGCUCCGCCUUUCUUUGGGACGAUGUCCUAAUCGCAUUGACAGCGACCGUUCGAUCACUCUAAGUGAUGGUACCAGUGAGGUAGCUCGGGAGUGGUUGAUUAUUUGCCUACGAAUCAAUGAAAAA